CGCUCAGAGUGACGCAAAAAAUGUCGGACAAUCAUAGUCACAAUAAUAGCAGCAGCGUUGCGAGUGAGGGCGACGGCGCUGUGCUUUCGGCCGACCCGUUGAUUCACCCGACCGCUGGCAAGACGUGCAUAUGCGCCCGACGAGCAAGCCGAGCAAAGCGAAAGCGAAAGCAGCAGCAGCAGCAGCACUCGGCGAGCACACUGAGAGUCACAGCAACAACAACAACGAUGAUAGUGAUGACGGACACGGCCAUAGCCACAAGCACAGCAGCAAGAAGAGCAAGAAGAAGAAGAGCGACAAGGACAAGGACGAGCAGCAUGGACACGGGCACAGCCAUCAUCAUCAUCAUCAUGAGGCUGUGAACGACAGCAGUAGUGCUCACGGGCAUAGUCACGACCACGAUGGCCUCGGUGGUGCUGGUGCUGGUGCUGGUGCUGGGAGCGACCCGCAUCUCCACUCGUACAGCUCAAGCGCGCUCGAGCGGGUCAAGUGCGACGUCGAGGCCAAAGCGCGGCCGCCGUCGACAACGCCCAGCACGCUGGCGUACACCAAAGCAACGGGUGGCAACCAUAUUGGCAUCAACGCAGGCCCCGACGGCAACGGCGGUGGUGAUGACCGCGAUGAUGACCCGUCCACAGCGCUGCUCGGAGCGCAACGGGCCGGCGGCGCUCAGUCGGCCUCCCAGCGCGAGGCUCAGGUCGCAAAACGCAAGCUGCUCAUUGCUGCUGGCCUGUGCGCCUUCUUCAUGGUCGGCGAAGUCGUCGGCGGUGCAAUUUCGGGAAGUCUCGCCAUCAUGACAGACGCGGCUCACAUGCUGUCGGAUUUCGCGGGAUUUAUGAUCAGCCUGUUCGCCCUGUGGCUUGCCCAACGGAAGGCCACCGAUACGUUUUCCUUUGGCUUCCAUCGAGCAGAAAUUAUCGGUGCCAUUGUUUCCGUGCUGCUGAUCUGGGCCCUCACUGGCGUGCUUGUCUACGAGGCCGUGUUGCGCGUCAUUGAUACGCCCGAGGUUGACGGCGAGAUCAUGUUCAUCACUGCCCUCUGCGGGCUGGCCGUUAACAUUCUAAUGGGUCUGACCUUGCACCAAGGGCAUGGCCACUCGCAUGGCGGUGGUGGUGCGCAUGUGGCGCCGGUCGACGCCGAGAAAGGGUCUGGCGGCAGCGAAGCCCAUGGUCACUCUCACAACAUUAACGUUCGCGCAGCAUACAUUCAUGUCCUGGGCGACUUGAUCCAAUCUAUCGGCGUCUUGAUUGCCUCCAUCAUGAUCUGGGUCAACCCCGAUCUCAAGCUGGCCGAUCCCAUUUGCACGUUUGUGUUUUCGGUGCUGGUUCUUUUCACCACAGUUGGCAUUCUGCGCGACUCUGUUCAUGUCUUGAUGGAAGGUGUUCCCAAGGGCAUUGAUUACAAGCACAUCAAGAACUCGAUCGAGGCGAUUGCAGGCGUCGAGCGCGCUCACGAUUUGCACAUCUGGUCGCUCACAGUUGGCAAGCCGGCGAUCGCCGUGCAUGUCUCCAUCAACGGACCGCGCUGGGCCAGCCGAGCGGCAUGCGAUACGUGCACCACACCACCGCCGCUGGAUCCCCACGAGCUGCUUCUCAACAUUCAAAACGUCCUGUGCGGGCGCUACGGCAUCCACCACACCACCGUCCAGAUCGAAGAUCUCAGCAAAGAGCAGCCUGCCCACUGCACCUACGAUGCAGCACAAACCGACGAGAUUUGCAAUCAUCACUGACGACGAUUGGUUGAAUGUAUUCUUCCGUUUCUGGUUUGAAAAGAAAAAAAAAUAAAUGAGUUGGAUGAAGAAUCAAAACAAAA